UGCUGUGAAAGUGGUGGUGGGGUAGUUAACGGGCGGGGGAAAGUUGAAGAAGAAGAAGCUGAGGAGGAGGAGGAGGAAAGCACCUCACUCGCUGUAAAAUAAUAAUAAGAGAAAGAUCGCUCUGAUUUUAUUUUUUUUUACCAGUGCAGGGAGUAGUGGGGAGGAAAAGGGAGCCACAGAAGGCGCUUUUUCUCUUUCACCGGCAGGGGCGGCAGCAGCCGAAGCCAGCCAAACUCCGUGCCUGUUUAAUCACAGUGCCCAGGGUCCCUUCAUUCACCCAGCUUCAAGAGGGUUCUGUGGUCAGCUUUCCUCCUCCACCGAGGGGAAGAGGCGAGCUUGAGUUGCAGGGAAGAGGGCUCGCCGUGUGUGCUUCCUUGUUUCCUUAAAAAAAAAAAAAAAAAACCGCAGUCGGUAACCCUUCCCCGCCGACCUCCCAAGAGUACUGCACAUUAUUACCUUAUCGAAGGGCUGGUCAAACUCAAUCUCUUCUUCUCUCCCCCACCGUCCUUUUUCCGCCACCCCCUCUUUACCAAGUGCCUCCCAGUUAAGGGAUGCUUUGUCCUGCUCACUCUGCCCCAGCAGCACCCGUGUCUUCCUCCUGAGACAAGCAGUAUGAGCAUGGCAAAUGAAACAUACCUCUUCAUAAAAGACAUAAGGGCCGGACUGAAAAAUUUAAAUGUCAUCUUUAUUGUGCUGGAGAUCGGGCGAGUUACCAAAACCAAAGAUGGGCAUGAGGUGAGGUCCUGCAAAGUAGCCGACAAGACGGGCAGCAUCAUCAUCUCGGUGUGGGAUGAACUUGGCAGUCUCAUCCAGCCGGGCGAUAUUAUUCGAUUGACCAAAGGGGCUUCUAACGCUGCUGGUGCUCUCUUGGUUAGGUAUGCAUCUCUGUGGAAAGGAUGUCUUACGCUUUACACUGGAAGGGGAGGCGAACUUCAAAAAAUUGGGGAGUUCUGCAUGGUGUACUCAGAAGUGCCCAACUUCAGUGAGCCCAGUUCAGAUCACCCUGUGCAGCCCAAUAAAGUGGCACAGGGGGAGCAGAGUAAUAAUUCCCUUCCAUCAUCUAAUUUGGGUUCUUGUACUUUUGGGCCAACUGGAAAUGGUUUGCCAGCAGGACCUGAGCUGAGCGGAUUAUCAACUGCUUAUAAUCAUGCCUCCUCCUAUGCAGGUACUGGGAGGGUCGGCGGGCGGGGACCCGCCCCUCCUUCAGUGCCAGUGCCAUCUAACAGUGCUCGCCCCCUACAAAGCACAUUGAGUAACGGGAGGGAUCCCCGCAGAGCCUCGAAAAGAUGACCAAGCCAAAUGCCUCACUGUCCACCUAAACUCUAUAGAUGCCCUACUUGAACACUUAACUGCACUUUUAUUUAUGGUUAACUGUGAAAAAAGGUUUGUCCUACUAGUUUGCUACCUUCUGUUGUCUGGAGAGAAAAAUUUUCCUUUCUCUUUUGGUUCCCCACCCACCUGAUAACCCAGUGAAACUUCUGAUAUCACAUAACUCCAGGAAGAAAAAUGUUUUAAAAUAAGGGUCAUUGGGAUUCGUUGUUGUAUAUUAGAUACUGGUGUCUAAAACAAAAUUUGAGUUUAGUUGAAUGCUUUUUUUUGUUCAGUUUGAACUAUACAGCCUUACGGUGUGUUAGUAUCUCUUUUCUGCUCCUGUGACUGGCUAGUAGAAGCUUACAGGAUGAAACAAGGGGCAAAAGUUCUGCUUAAUCAGUGUAAGUUAGAAUUACACUGUGAGAAGUGGUGACAAACUGUCCAAGGUUAUUGUAAAAGUGUUUUUUGGGAGGUGGUGGAGGCUAUGAGUGCCAAAUGUCUCUUGCCAAAACACUUGAGCUGCUUUCCCAGGAUCCAUUUUUUAAAAUGGGAGUCCCUCCAGGAUGCCAAACAACCUCCUUGGUUUUGUGGACCCUGAUCUGUGGGCCAUAAUAAACAACAGCCCAGUGUUCCGAAUUGAAAUUCUUAACAUAUGUCUUGAACGCCUGCUAAUUGAUUUCCUUCACAGAAGCUGACAGCUUCCAAAGUUGCAGUAGAACAUGAUAUUCUUCAUGUUCUUCCUGUGGCACAGUGAGAUAUCUAAGGCCAGAAAGCUCUUUCCCACUUUGUUUUGUAGACCAGGUCGGGGGGAACCUUUGGCUCUCCAGAUAUUGCUGAAUUAAAUUCCCAUCAGCCCACAGCCAGCAUGGCUAAUGACCAGGGAUGAUGGGAGUUGUAAUUCAGUGACAUUGGGAGGGCCAAAGGUUCCCAACACCUGUUAUAGACUGUGUAACCUGGCCAUUUAUAUAAACCCUGCUAAUUUUUUAAAAAGAUACGGUUUCAAGUUUAUUCUGUUGGGAAUGGGAGGAGGGACUCCCAAUACACAGACAAAUAGCAUGUCAGGCAGAAAUCUAGGUUGAACCGUUCUCCCUGACAUGCUAGUUUUCUUUUUGGAGCCCUCCCCACCCCUGUGCCCCACACAAGCGGGGGAGUGCUUGACCUCACACUUGGGACCCAAGGAAUGCUUUACCCCUGGAUCCUGCAGAUAGUAUAAACUAGUUCAAAGCAUGUUUGGAGUGAAGAGCUAAAAUGAAACUAGUAUAUGAUCAGUGCUAAUGCCCCCUUUCCUUGAGAGCCUCCAUCUGAUCUCUCAAGUGCUUGUUUCGCACACAUAAGGCUUUUGCUUCUAGAGCUAAUUCCUUGAUUUCUAGAAAGGCAGCCUUGCACCAGUAGUUGUAAAUUAUUAUUGCAAAAUAACUGUGGUCAUGUAAAACAAAUGCGGUUUUUCCUUUUAUAUUGUAAGUAUUCUUGGUGUGUGUUAGCACCAGGUAACCCUAGAAUUAAUUCUGUCCAGUCCCAUUUUGGGGGAUCAUAUUUGGAAUUGAUGCAAAUACUGUAAAAUGACUGGUUUUUCUUUUCUUUUUUUGUCAUACUGUUGAAGCGGACCUCAUAAAUAAAAGUUGCACUAACCAUAUAAAAAUAA